GGAGCGGCGAGGCUGCGAGGGGCGGGUCUGGGCGCUGCGCCUCCCGCGCUCCGGCCGCAGUUCUGGGCGCUGGGGGCGGGCGGGGGAGGAGCCAUGUGGGGAGGAGCAAAGCCUGGAGGCCCCGGGAACCUUGGGCAGAGCCAGAGCGGCGAGAGCCGGAUCCCGGGCGCACGGCCCCGGGAGAGCGCGCCGUCCGGGCUGAGCGCCGCGGCGGGUUCCGUGCGCAACCGGCCAGAAGGACUAGGGCUAACGGGGCGAGGCUCCCAGGCUCCUAAACCGUCGCAGAGCUGCUGGGCUGCCCGCCGCCCCCGCCGCCCCGCCGGGGCCCAGCCCGACCUGCCACCUGCGUCCCGGUUGCGCCAUGGAUCCUUCGGAGAAGAAGAUCUCGGUGUGGAUCUGCCAGGAGGAGAAGCUGGUGUCUGGUCUCUCUCGCCGCACCACCUGCUCGGACGUGGUGCGGGUGCUGUUGGAGGACGGCUGCCGGCGGCGACGGAGGCAGCGGCGGGGCCGGCGGCGGGGGGCGGCCGGCGACUCGCCAGACCGGGAGGAGCUGCGGGAGCUCCUGGACGAGGACGACGGGGACGACGACGAGGCGCUGCCGCAAGGCAUGCUGUGCGGGCCCCCGCAGUGCUAUUGCAUCGUGGAGAAGUGGCGGGGCUUUGAGCGCAUCCUGCCGAACAAGACGCGCAUCUUGCGCCUCUGGGCCGCCUGGGGCGACGAGCAAGAGAAUGUGCGCUUCGUGCUGGUGCGCAGCGAGGCGUCACUACCCAACGCGGGCCCCCGCAGCGCCGAGGCGCGCGUCGUGCUCAGUCGCGAGCGCCCCUGCUCGGCCCGGGCGGUCCCGGCGCGGCCCAGCCUGGCUCUGACCCAGGAGAAGCAGCGGCGAGUGGUGCGCAAGGCCUUCCGCAAGCUGGCCAAGCUCAACCGGCGGCGCCAGCAGCAGCCGUCGUCGCCCUGUUCGUCCGCUUCGUCGUCCACCGCCUCGUCGUGUUCGUCUUCGCCGCGGGCCACGGAGAGCGCAGCCGUGGAGCGCAUGGAGACGCUGGUGCAUUUGGUGCUCUCACAGGACCACACCAUCCGUCAACAGGUGCAGCGGCUCCGGGAGCUGGAUCGCGAGAUCGAUCGCUAUGAGGCCAAGGUGCACCUGGACCGCGUGCGGCGACACGGAGUCAACUACGUGCAGGACACUUACUUGGUGGGCGCCGGCAUCGAGGUCGACGGGCCCAGCCCGGGAGAGGAGCCGGUGGCGGCUGCGGCUCCCCUGGACGGCGAGGCGCAGGCGACCGCGCUGGAGGAGCUGGCCCGGCGGUGCGACGACCUGCUGCGCCUGCAGGAGCAGCGAGCCCAGCAGGAGGAGUUGCUCGAGCGCCUCUCAGCCGAGAUUCAGGAGGAGCUGAACCAGAGGUGGAUGCGGAGGCGCCAGGAGGAGCUCGCGGCGCAGGAGGAGCCCCUGGAGCCUGACGGCGGCCUCGACGGCGAGCUGCUGCUGGAGCAGGAACGGGUCAGGACGCAGCUCAGCACCAGCCUCUACAUCGGGCUCCGGCUCAACACGGACCUGGAGGCCGUCAAGUCGGAUUUGGAUUACAGCCAGCAGCAGUGGGACAGCAAGGAGCGCGAGCUGCAGGGCCUUCUCCAGACUUUGCACACGAUGGAGCUGACGGUGGCGCCCGAUGGGACUCUCGGCUCUGGCGGACCCUCCCGGGAGCCCCGGCCCCAGGGCUGCGCCGAGGUGUGGGUGGAUCAGGCCCGCGGACUGGCCAAAAGCUGUCCUGGCAACGACGAGGACUCGGAUACCGGGCUGAGCUCUAUGCACAGCCAGGACUCGGACUCGGUGCCUGUGUGCGAAUCUCUUGUGUAAGAGGAGCAGGGUGGGAGAGGGGGACGACCCUUCUCCCUUCCUCGCAGAAAGCACUGGCAUGGCGGGCUCAGGGACUUGAAACCAGGCUGGGGGUGGGCCGGGGAGCCUUGCCUGGCAGCAGCGCUCCCACCGGGCGGGCGGGGGCGGGGGGCUGGGGACACCUGUCCUGCGAGGGCGCUCCUCUGGUUCCCCAGUGAGUAUAGAGGGGUGCGGGACAGGGAGGCCAGGUCUCCAUUCCAAGCUCUUUCUGGGGAAGGAAGGAGGGAGGUGGUGAGAACCACCUGUACUGGAAAACAAAAGCCCCAGGGAAACUGACGUGGUCCGAACCCAUUUUCAAAAAGAAAAAGAGAGAGAGAGAGAGAGAGAAAGUAUUAUGAAGAUUUCAGCAAUCUUCUGUACGGGAAGGACUGAUGGCAGCUAGAACUUUAGUUUGUGGCAUAAAGUGCUUUUAAAAGAAACUCUUGGAUGAAAAGGAAAUUCCUUGAAUGUUAAUUGUGACUGUGAACGUGUUAAAACUAGCCAAAGAGGAGUGCUGGUGUUGGUCUCAGCCUUACUUACAUCUCUGAUAAAACCCGCAGGCACCCAAAUCCUGGCUCUUUACCUUUCUGCAGACUGGGGAAUUACCCCUCUGCUAAACUGCUCAUCUUUUAUUUUCUUUCAAAGGCUGAGCUGUAUGGAAGUCUAACCCUGCAUUUCCUCCUUGCAAAUACAGUAUGUGUUAAAAUAGAAUCCUUUCCCUAAAAUAACCUUUUAUUAUUACAAAAGCCAAACAUAACGCUUUUGAGAUAGAGAAGCAUGGCAGACAUAAUCCCUGGUUACUGUUUAAUCGAGACCCUUUGGGAUUUGCCCCUGCAAAGGGACCUGUGCUGUCCUUUCUUUUCAUUCAUGUUGUCGCUUCAUCCACUGAAUCACUGCUACUCCAAGAAAAAUAAAAGGGAAGUUGCAGAAUUCAAGUGAAGUGCAACUAAAGUUGCUAUUUAAUGAGCACUCUGGCUGAAACGGAGACUUGAAAGCAAAGAUCUUUGUUAGUGUUCAGCUUUUGAACUAAGCUAUAUGAUUAAAACCAACCAUGACCUCAAGGUAUUUUUACCCCAACCCAAGUCUAACUUCAGUAGCUUUGGUCAGAGAUUAGUUACUUGUCCAAGCCUAAACUGAGAGUGCAAAUAUUAACGUUUACUAGAUAAGGCCCCCAAAAGAAAACGUAAAAUAAAACAAUCUAAUAGUACACCGUGGGUGAGCAAUUUGAUAAACCAGGGCAUGUAGCCACAGAUAAAUGCAUAGAAAAGUAAGCUUAAAGGUGACUUGAAUUACUCUGGUCUGGCUCAUGCCUUUACACACACCCGGAGAUACAAGUGCAACACCUCUCUCUUAAUAGCUGGUGAUGGAGCCCUGGUGGGGAGGCAAUGUAAUUGUUCCAGUUAUUUCAAUGAAAAGUUAUCAGUUGUAGCUAGUUGUUGCCCCGUGGAAGGAGCCUGUUGGCCCUGUUCCCUCUGGAGCUCAGGACUUCUGAGGAAUGUGGGAUCUAAUCUGUCCUGAGGAGGUAUUAACAAUGGGGUGUGUGUGUGGUACCAGCCUGCUGCAGAAGCCUGGUAUCAGCCUAACCAUGGAGGGGCUGGCUUCAGUUUCAACACCACAUGUGAAGAUAACUUAAAAGGUCUUGCUUUAUCAAGAAAUUUCUUUCCUUGGAGAGAUUCUCUGUCUGCUUCUUGCCAACGGGGACCUGCCCACCUGACCCCCUCAAACCAUUUGAGCUAUCUCCUUUUUGGAGACAACCCUCCCCCCCCCCAUGCUAUUACAGCACACGUGGAUAGUUCAGAUUUUCAAGUAAAAUGGGAAUGAAAUGGCCGUUUUCUUAAUUGAUGUUUUCAAAAGGCAUUAGCUGGCAUAAUUAUGGUUUUUUACUUUCGUCGGAUGCAGAAAACAUCUAUGCAUUUGGUCUUGAUUGAUUAAAUGAUUAAAAUGAGGAGGGGACCAAAAGAAAGCCACUGUCCCUAGAUGAUCAUUUGAUCUGGUAAACACAAAGCCUAAUGAUAGCUUCCCUUUUGAGGCAGAGGUAAAAUCCUCAUUAGAGUGUGACAAAUGCUACUUGUCUGAAUGGUUUAUGCUGGCAAUGGGCUGACCUGGUGGUUUUAAAAUUAUUGUCCUUUUUUUUUGUCCCCCAGAGUGGUAGGGGAGGUGGUUCUUAGAUGUUUAUUAACUCAAAAGAGAACACAGAAGUUGGCAGAACAGGACGGCCUGGCAGAAAGGGGCUGUUUUCCUUUUCACUAUUAUUAUUUUAAACUCUGACAGGCUGCUGACAUCAGCAAAUAUGCCUGAAGCCUGUAAAGCAAAUUAAGCCACAUCACAGGGAGAAGGCCUGUGGGGUUCUCUGGUGCCUUCUUUCCAGAACCUUCCUGUCCUGUCCACCUGAAGAUGCUUCUCCAGUCAACUCUUCAGGCAGCGUGGAGGCUCUGUUUAUAACAAACGGCAGCCCAUUUCUCCUUUCAUCCAAAUCAAUUAUGUCCCCAAAAGGCACUCUGUGUGGGUAGGAGAAAGGAGAAGGGGGGGGAAGGGGUGCCAAAAUAGGAGACAAUAGCUCCUUUUACUAAGAGCUUUCGCAAGGCUGAGAGAGGCGGGGCAUGGAUACAAAAAGGGCCAGCCCAACACCUGUGCCUAGAAAGUGCCUAAUAGAUUCUAGAGGUUGAAAAAACAUGAUUUCACUUAAAAAAUAAUCAUCCUGGCACUAAGAAUGAGAACGAAUAUAUCGAGGUGAAAGCCUCAGCCCUAAGGAUGUCAGAGCCCCUGGGAGAAGUGACCUGGCAUCUGAGCCGAACGGAAAUCCUGGGGAGGAACCAGCAAGCUCGCGGAGUACAGGACCAGGCCGCAUCCUUGUCGGAAACUGAUAGAGUGUAUCAUGGCUCUGAUCUUAAGCAUCUCUUCCUCAGCCGUCUCCCAAACCCGGAAGAUUUCAUCUGGUAUCUCUGUGUGUUUGCUUAUAAAACGUGAUGAUGAUAAUUUGCUAAUUAGACAAGUUACAUACUAUGGUCCUUAAGAUGAACCUGAAAAUAGCAACAGUAAAAAGAAAGAAAAGUCACUCAAGAUCCUUAUCACUGCUAAAAUUUGACGUAUUUUCCUUCCUGACCUUUUGAAUUGUGAAGGUUUCAUAUUUUGCUUCUUUUUUAAGAAAAUAAUUUAAAUGAACUUGUAUAGAUGCUUUUAUGGUCAGGUUUUGACUUUGUAAAGCCUCCAUCCGUCUGUUGGAUGUUCCAUUGUGCCUGUAACUCUUCUCAAGUAAGUAGGUUGUACCUGAUAUUAUUUUACUAUUAUAACAUAACACUGUGAUAGGCUUCUUUGGGCAUGUGUACAUUUUCCCCAGUAAAAUGGAAAGAGACUUCCCAGGUCAAAGAGUACAAACAUUUAAGGACUUGAUACUUAGUUGCCAAAUUGCUUUUCGAAAAUUUGUUCUAAUAACAACCUGCUAUGGGUGAUGGGGCCUAUUUCCCCACACCUUGGCUUUCAUUAGAUACUACAUUUUGUUAAGAAAACAUUUUAACCAGAAUUAAUUAAUUAGUACUUUGUGGCUCUUGGAAUGCAGGGCUGGCAACC